CCCACCGGAAUCCAGCCGUACUGUGAACACAGAUCAGGUUUCAGAGGAUGCACCCGUGCAGAUGAAGAGUGAAGCAGCCAGCCCAGAGAUGAAGCACUGUGCACUGUGACAUUUUUUGCUGUUUUCACCACUGGAGGAUGGCUGCCAGAGUCUGUGAAAAUGGUUCUGGUCAGCACCACUGCACCCACGCCAGCCAACCUCUUGAAAUCAGCUACACCUUGGUCCUCAUUAUGCUUGGAAAAGUUUGCCUUGAUUUCUUCAUGUUGCAAAUUAAGCCAAAGCCUGUGAAAGUCAGUUUUAUGGGAUACUUUUGCAUUUCAGUGGCACUUCUCGAUUUCACAGUGCUGCUGAGUAUCUGUUUCAUUUUCUGUUUUGAGGAUUUUGCACUCUGGGGUGUGCGAUUCACAGAGUACCACAUCUGCCUCUUCACUCAGAUCACCUCUCUGACCUAUGGGAUUUUGCCUUACCCAGUGUAUCUUGUGGCUGCUCUGGAUUAUUACACCACAGUGUCCCACACAUCCCAAUUCCCUACGAGAGCUCGGAAGUUACUUUACGUAUUUGCUGUGGCAGUUCUAUGGAUUUCCGCGGUUUUCUGCACUCUCCAAGUUCCUGCUGUCUCUGAAGGUCUGGAAAUGCACAACAGAGUUUCCCCUUUCCAGUGCCCUCUGUCUGGCAGCCUGCAGAGCUACUCGGUGUCGUGGGCCAUGGUGCUGCUGCUGGGCACGGCUCUCCUGGCUCGCUGGAAGGAGGUGACAACGAUGCUGCUGUCUGCCAGGCUCCGCUCCUUUUCCAGCCAGCCCGUGCUGAUAUUCCCCUACGUGCCUAACAACAACAACACUUGCUCUAAGUGGCAGCUCCUGAGCAGGCUCCUCCUGUGUUUCCUUGGCACUUGGGCACCGUUUGUUGUUCUCCAGGUCGUGGUUCUGCUCCUGGGUGUGCAGAUCCCAGCCUACGUGGAGAUGAACGUGCCCUGGCUGUACUUCAUCAACAGCUUUCUCCUGGCUGCAGCCUACUGGUGUCGGUGGCACGACGUGGAGCUGACAGAGGAGGGGUGGUGCACAGACCCCUUUGUCAGCUGGAAAUUCUGCUUUAUGCCCUUCAACAAUGAAAGCACAGAGCCAGCUGAUAAGCCAGGCACAGUAAUUGUCAUCUGUUAACGAGCUGCCCACUGAAAAGGCUGCA